AUGGUUGUUCUUCUUUCUAUCCCAGGAAUGGGGAAGACUGAAGUGGGAAUCCGUGUAAGUCACUUCUUAAAGCAGAGGGGUGACCAGUUUGUAACACAUAUUCGAGUAGAAAGUCAUCAUCAGAAGCUCGAAGACAUCUGCAGUGAGAUUCUUGAUCGAUUGAGUAGUCGCACCUAUUCGGAAACCGCUAAUUUUACGUCUCUUGUGAAGCGUAAACUAUCGGAGCGAAAUAUCCCAACUGUCAUUGUCCUAGACAAUACAGAGAAUAUACAGGGCGAGGAGUUUGAUGAAUUCGCUCAAUGGCUCGUGAAAUCUGCCCCGAAUGUAAAGUUGGUAAUUACUACUCGAAGACACGUUGGAUUCGUGUCGCCAGACGUAUGUAAGUUUCCUCUCGAACCUUUGGAUCCUGACUCGUCUGCUAAACUGCUUCGGAGUCUUGUUGAUGACUGUAGUGAUGAACACUCCAAGGAACUUGCUAAAUUAUGUGGUGGGAUACCACUCCUUCUUGUGACCUGUUCUGACGUGCUGAACAAUGGUUUCAGUCGCGAGCUGUUAAUCCAACAGCUCGUGAAGAAUCCCAUACAACUUUUGAGGGUCAGUGCGAAAGAUGUUUAUGACACGCUGGAAGUAUUUUUUGCCGAUUUUUCCGACGAGGUAAAAGGAAAUCUUGUCCUUUUUUCUGUUUUCCCAUCGGAGUUCACAGCUCAAGACAUUCAGUUUCUUUUUGAAGAUCCUUUACUCUGUGAAACAGUGAAGACUAGGAUGGUCAAGUAUGCUCUUCUUCAGAGGGACGCCGAUGGAAAGAUGAGGAUGCAUCCUCUGGUCCAAGCCUACUUCCGGACAGAGAAUGAAUCACCAGGCAAGGGUGACAUGUGGCGUGCCACACAGCGUAAAUUUAACCAUCAUUACCUUGGUCAACUGAGAGUCUUGGGCGAGGAUUUUAUUAGCAAAGAUUCAGCUUUGGUUGCGAUCCUUAAGUUUCGACAGCAGAAAGCCAACAUCAUGGAAGCGCUGAAGAAUUGUCUCGAAGACUCUAGCGAUUUAGAUGACAAAUACUUCGUUUUAGACGUCGUUAACGGUACAGAAGUGCUGGAUUUUGUGGCAAAAGUUCUAACACCCCCUAAAGAGUGCACAGCGCUGUACCAGAAAUGCUGUGAUAUUGCUAAAGCGUCCGGUGAUAAGAAGAGGCAUGCAGAGAGCUUGAAUUCACUGGGAUUCCGUCGUCUCUGUGACGUGUCUCACAGCAGAGACAGCCCAGAAGAAAACCAAGUCACACUUGCAAAGUUUCAGGAAGCAUAUGACAUGCGCAGGACACUACCAGAGGAGGAACUAAAGUCCCAAACGCAUGCGCACACUGCUAGUAAGCUCGGAGUAUGUUUUGUAUUGCAGGUGAGAUCUUAGUAAUUAUAAACGAGGACUGUGUGCUGUUUUUUUUUUUUGUUUUGAUUUUCCUCCUUAUCUCUUCCUUCUUAAGGUAAAUUUUCUCAAUGGCUUCCUUUUUAAGUACCAUCCCUUCAUUUUUGUUUGUGGGGCUUAUGAGAAUCUUACGCCAAGGCGAAGUGUGCAAGUUCCUAUCGUGUACCGAAGAUUGUAGGAAAUCUGAUGAAACGUUAUCAAUAAUGGCGGAAAUGGGCGAGUUUGUGUCAAUCCUAAUGGGGUGUCACUCGCACUAAGGUAGACUGGACCGGGAUAUUUACAUAAGUUGUUUGUUUUGCAGGGAGAAGGAAAAAAAGGACGAGAGUUGAUACAGGAAGGGAUUUCAAUAAGAAAUUCUUUAAGUGACUGUUUGUAUGUUGCUGCUGGAUACUGUGACCUUGGAAGUAAGUAAAUGUUUUGGUUUGUACUCCGUAUAACACAAGCGUAUCCUUGUAGGAGACUGGAUGGAGGCUAAAAGGAUGACAAAGCGCACUGUGAAAUUCCGAACUGGGUGCUUUCUUUUAAUAAACCGAGAGAAAAACAAAUAAAUUUCCAAUUAAAUGGGAACUGAAAAGAGAAAAAACUAAACUAAUGUACUGGAAUCUCGUCGAGUCUUAUUUUCAUGGAGAAAGAGGGAAUGGUGUUGUCUAUAGGCUUCGACGUGAAAGUGAAACAAUCAUUUCUGAAUGCCUUAUCCUAACAGCCUAACUUCCUCAUGCAUAUUCUCCAUACUGUUCUAAAACAUUUCCAAUGGUAUUGACAAGGAGAAUUUAGUCAAGAACCAAGAUCUCGCUUCUUUAAUUGGCUAUCAUUUGAUUUAUUUUUCAUGCGCUCAAUGUUUAAUUCAAAAGGUGAUAUUGCAAGGAAAUCGAAGUUGGGAACCUUGGGGUUAAAAAGGUUGAUGUUCCUUGGUUAGUCUGUCAAUGAGCUGAUUUGUGAUAUGGGUUGGGAUUUGUUAAUUUGAGAAGGAAACUGAUGUUUCUAACCCAUUUGAGAAAUAACCCUUAACAAGUUUACUUUGACAAAUCACCCUCGUAAGAGGUCAGUCUCUUUCUUCAUACCAGUUGUUUCCUUUUGAAACGCGGUAAGGAUUCAUUAAACUAUAUAAAAGUUAUAUCUUGUUUUCGCACUUUGUUAGUUUCUUAUCGACUGAGUGGUGAUCAUCAAAAAGCAAUCGCCAUAUGGAAAGAGAACACUCUUCCAGUUUACAAAGAGCAACUUGGUGACCACCCCUGGACAGCUUCAAUUUUGUCCUACAUCGCUGACUCGUACAAGACCCUUGCGGCUGGAAGCCCUGAGCGAAGUUACAUCGACCAGGCCGAGAUGUACUUCAGGGAAGCUCAAGGGCUACGAAAGAGGCUAUUGGGUCAUCAUCUGGAUACAGCUCGUUCGUGCGUACAGCUUAGCGAUGUCUUAGUCCUUCAAGGACAAUUUGAUAAGGCUUUGGAGGAGCUCGUUGAGGCCUUAGUAAUUCAAAACGAUAUUUUGGGCCCCGAACACAAGAUCACGAAGAACACUAUGAGCAAAAGGAGUGAUGUGAUGGAGAAACGAGGAUCAAAUCCUCGUUAAUUGCAUAUUCUCAAAACCGAAACUCGAGGUAAAACUCUUGGGUCUUGAUGAAAAGACUGAGGCAUGUAUACAAAACUUAUGUCAACUGAUGUCGUUUUGUUACACUUCGUUAAGCGUUUUGUUACACUUCAAAAGAAAAUUACUCUAGUCAUUGCUUAAAAACCUUUCAAUGCUCAUACUAAACCCAUAAGGAUUGAAAAUUAUUGCAUUUUCCUACUAUUCAUUUGUUUCAAAUUGAGAAGUUUAUGGAGCACAAUUCAGGAAGUAAUCGUGCGAAUAAUCAAACAUAGUUAACUCUGAUUUGUACUAAUUCCUAGACGAGAGAAACUUAGCCAUAAAAUAUUUAGUGUCAGGACAGGUAUCAACCUAAAGUUAAUUUCAUCCAUUUUUUUUGUCUUCAAACUGAACCUGAGGAACCUACUCCCGAUAGGUUUUCCUUGAUUUUCAUUGGUUAGAAUAUGUGUGAGAUUUGAAUUUCAUUUGCUAGAUAAAGACUAUUCAGAUGGAGGUGGCUAGUGUUGAAUUUAACCACCAUCACUGGACAUCGACACUAAAGAUGAAUAGUAGUUUUGGUAUAUGCUAAAACAGUGAGAUUACAUGGCAGAAGAAGAUUUUUAAACUCUUUUAUUCCUGCCACGAUUACAAUAUUUUUGGCGCAAAUCCCGCGGCCAUUGCUCAGAGGUGAAUAGCAACAAUUGAAACUUUGCCA